UGUGUGUGUGUGUGUGGAUGAUUCAGCAGACAGUCAGUCACACUGCAGCUCGUCCUCUGUGCCACAUGGGCAACACAAGCAGACUUCAGGCGAAAACAAAAACGCGCUUUUAUUUUGAUAAUCACCUUGUAGCGCUCGGUGAAGCCCGUGCAGGUGACCCAUGUAUGUGGGAGACCCCGUAGUGUUCGAUUCGUGUGUGUGUGUGUAUGUGUGGUUGUUACAGGCCGGGCAGCAGCAACCAGAGCCCCGCAGAGAAACGGUCGUUUUCGUAGGCUACCUUCUCGGAUCUUCCAGUGGAUUUGACCAGUAUUUACAUUAUUUAUGAGGACUUUGGUCGGUCCUCAGACUGUCUCCCGUUGGAUUUAACCCAAACUGACAUCCAGCUGCUUUCAUUCAACCAUCUCAACUUCCACAUUUCCGCAUUUUGACGUCUGAUGCUGCGUCUACCCGGCAGGUCCUCGUGCACCAGUGUCUCCAUGGUGAAGUGGGCGUGGUCAGAUGUCGGCGCCCGCCCUUGAGGACCGUGCCGCCAUGCCCACCAUGGUUUCUCGGCUGCCCAAGUUCGGCUCGCGUUUCCCCAAAUCUUCAACGCUGUCCAGCGGAGCCGCUGCUCCCAUGGGUCAGACCGCCACCGGUGCCGCCCAGAGCUCCGGCACUCGCCUCACCAACGGGUUCUACCACCACCCGGGCCCAGCCGCGGCGGGAUGCAACGCCAAGACCACCGCCGCUGCAGCUCCCGUUAAGCACAACAACUUCAUCAGAGCGCCCACGGCGAUUUCCGUGAAAUGGAGGAAAGAGAACGAGGCGGUAGAGGUGGAGGAAGGAGGAGAGAGGUUGAAGGGAAAGGGAAAGUUCGGGAGCUAUUGUUCGCAAGCGCAACCGGGCUCGCAGGUCAGAAAGACGGGCGCACCUUCGCCAGAAAAGGGGCGUGGUGGUGGUGGUUUCGGUUUUUCGGUGACCAGUUCCUCAUCAUCACCGCCAUCAUCAUCAUCAUCGUCUUCUCAUUCGCUGUCGGUGCAGCCCAGCCCGAGAACGCUUCCAGUCUCCAAAAGUGGAUCUCAGGGCUCCAAGGCGAUCUUGAGCACUUUCUCUGGAUCCAAACUCCGCAGCGGUUCUCUGAGACAGCCUCAGAGCUUCGGUCCUGGUCCUGGUUCUCCUGGUCCUGGUCUUGGUUCUCUUGGUCUUGGUUCUGGUCCGGGCUCUCGUUCUGGUUCCCCCCUCCAACUCCAAAAGACGAAGAAGAAGAAGAAGCCGCCUGCCAGCCGCUCCCAGUCCAGCGACAGCCUGAUCUCGACGGGGCCGGACGUGCCGCUCACCGAGAGCGAUCGCUUUCGCUCGCGUAGCCUCACGCAGGUCCGGCGCCAGCCCUCCCCCACCCUCCCCCCUUCUUCCUCCCCCUCUUCUUCGUCAGUCUCUCGCAUCAGAACCAGCUUGGCGAGACCUGUUCCCGAGGCCCCGGGGCUCAAAGUUAAAAGUUCUGGGCUCCCCUCAGCCUUAAAGAAGCCCCUGUUACCGCCCAGCCUGGGCCUGGGCCUGGCCUGCAAGCCCAGCGGCCUCAGCUAUAGGCUGUCGCGGCCGUCACUCAUCAAGCAGCCCCGCCCCCUCAGGGUGACCUCGGCCAAUGAGACGGCAGGAGAACGGGAGGCGAGCCAAUGCCGCGCAGCGCGGAGAAACUCCGUAGAGACUCCUUCAACCACGGAGAACAGCCCGGAAAGUACCCCGGAGGCUCCAGAGCCAGAGGGGCUGUCUGCAGCGCAGGCAUCCCAGGGAGAUGUGUCCAUUGUGGGGGAGACGUUGGAGGACAUGUCCCUGUCCUCCAACUCGUCUCUGGAUAGAAACGACACCAGCCAGGAGUAUAUGGAUGACUUUGACAACCUCGGGAACGGAGGGGUGGGCAUACUGCUUCUCUCCUCUAAAAACGAGGAAGAUGACUCGGGGCUCGACCAAUCGUGCGCCAGGUUUGAUGAAGACAAGGUGGCCGUCAACGGUGUCGCCAAGCCGACGGGACUCUGUUUCCUGGACGACGGGAUGGACUGGGCCGACAUGAGACUCGGGGGUGAGGGGGGGGAGCAUCGUCUGACCACACUCUCCCAUCGGAGACAUCCCAGUCAGCCGGAAUACCACGAGCAGGGGGGGUCUUCCCUGGACCUGUCCCCGUCAGACAGCUGUGGCUCUGGGGGGACCUACAUGUGGGAUGAGGAGGGUCUGGAGCCCCUUGGGGGGGGGCCCACCACAGCCUCCAUCCACAGCAACGCAAACACCAGCCACCACAUCGGGAGCUUCGACUCGGACCUCAACAGCAUCGAUGUCCUGAACAACCUGGACUCUUGUGACCUGGAUGAUGAUGACCUCAUGCUGGACGCAGAUCUCCCAGAAGACGCAUCGCUGCACAGCGACGGAGAUGGGAUAGCCCACAUGGCUCAGUGGAGGAUGAGACAGCUCUGCUGGGGAACGCAGGACAUCCACAGUGAAAAUGAAAGUGAUUUCCAGUGCUUCAAGCUAACGGAGGAUCCUGGGAAUAAGAGGACGGACACGACCGGGGACAGCGGCCUGAUUCUGGACCUCUGUCCUCCAAGGUCUCCCUGCCUGUCUCCCGGUACUCCUGGUUUGGGUCUGGAUGUGGAGGAAAUGGCUGAAGACUGUUCUGCCGUUCGAUCCCAGCUGGAGUACUUGCAGAGGAUACUGCUGCAGGAGGAGGACGGGGACGAGGACACGCUGACUACAGACACUCUCCUGAGUCCUGAUAACGAGUCCUCCCACAGCUCAGACACACAGGUGCAGGCUCUCCUGCAGGAGGUGCAGCAGCUCCGAGAGGAGCUGAGAAGCCGAGACCAAACUAUUACACAGCUCACCCUACAACUGAGCGUUCCCAUGGUAACCACCAGGUGUGGCUGCCAGGAGGGAAGGAUGGACCGACACACACAGACGAGUGUGACGGAGAGAGAGAGCGUGGCCUCGCAGACACCUUGGAGAGAGCACACUUCACAGAUAUGUCACUCCUCCAGCCAGAAAGACCAGGAACCACUGAGGCCCCAAAGCCCCGCUCUGCCGACCCAAGUCACCAAGAGAUCCCUGCAGCCCCCACAGCCCUCUAAGCUCCACCUCUUCACAUCGCAGAUCUCCAGAGCCGCCACACCUCCGCCCAGGUUCAAACUGGCGCCCUUUGCCUCGGGCUCUUCCUCCCGCCUCCCGAAGCCAAAGAGCUACUGAGCUGUUGGCCUCUUAUUCAAAAAGGUUGAAAUACAUGCAGUUAACUUAUUUAUUUGUUAAUAUAUUGAGAGUUGUGACUGAUUAAUAAAGGUUUAAGCACUUUA